CACAAAAGGAAAGGAAGAAAUGAAGAUUGGAUUGGAUUCUAUUUCGGCAUCACUAGCUAGAUCCAGCACUGCAACUGGAUGCAACUUGGCCGACAUGUUAUCCCACAAUGAAGGUGAAGUUCAGAUGUGGAACAGCUGGAAGACUUUUCCGGAAAACCCUCUCUGGGCAUGUGCUGAUUUCCAAAUUGCCCAAACUGGACCCUGGAACAACUGUUCUCGCUGCACUCACCACCCACCACUUAAGCCUUCUUAUACAGAUACGGAUCUCCCCCACUCUUGGCGCAGCAGCAGUUUUGGGAAUUUUGAUCGUUUUCGGAAUAACUCCAUUUCAAAACCAGAUGAUUCAACUGAGGUAUAUGAAGGGGAACCCAUAAAUGAAAGUGGAGAACAAAAUAAAACUUCAAAUAAUGGAGGAGGUUUAGGGAAAAAAAUGAGAGCUAUUUCCUGGACAAUGAAGAAAAAAGUGGGUAAAAAGUACAUCAAAGCCCUUUCUGAGGAAAAGGAUGAGGAAGAUGGAGAGGGUGCCCUCCCAUAUCGGAACAGUGACCCAAUGAUUGGAUCUCACACAGAGAAGGUCUCCCUCAAAGCCAGCGACUCCAUGGAUAGUCUCUUCAGUGGGCGGAGUUCAUCAAGUGGAAUAACAAGCUGUUCAGAUGGUACAAGUAACCGGGAUAGCUUUCGACUUGAUGAUGACGGCCCCUACUCUGGACCAUUCUGUGGCCGUGCCAGAGUACAUACAGAUUUUACACCAAGCCCCUAUGACACUGACUCCCUCAAAAUCAAGAAAGGAGACAUCAUAGACAUUAUCUGCAAAACGCCAAUGGGGAUGUGGACAGGAAUGUUGAACAAUAAGGUGGGAAACUUCAAAUUUAUUUAUGUGGAUGUCAUCUCCGAAGAGGAAGCAGCCCCCAAGAAAAUAAAGGCACACCGAAAUAGUGGAAAGGAAAAACCCAAGACUCUGCAGGAGUUCUUAGAGAGGAUUCAACUUCAGGAAUAUACCUCAACACUUUUGCUCAAUGGUUAUGAGACCCUAGAAGAUUUAAAGGAUAUAAGAGAGAGUCAUCUCAUUGAAUUAAACAUUAAAAACCCAGAAGACAGGAUGAGAUUACUAUCAGCUGCUGAAAAUCUCCUUGAUGAAGAAACUAUUCAAGAGCAAGAAAAUGAACCUGUGCCCCUAUCCUUAAGCCCAGACAUCUCCUUAAAUAAGUCACAGUUAGACGACUGCCCAAGGGACUCUGGUUGUUAUAUCUCAUCAGAAAAUUCAGAUAAUGGCAAAGAAGAUCUGGAGUCUGAAAAUCUCUCUGACAUGGUACAGAAGAUUACUAUCACAGAGCCAAGUGACUGAACACACUUUCUCAACUUUAUAUCUAUAGAUGCAUUCCAUUUUAACCCUACUUGAGCUAAAAGAUCAAACAGGAGAGAAAGAAAGCAUUUGCCGAUACAGCCUAAAGUUAAAAUGUUUUAAUCUAAAUGAUUUUACAUAAGAGUUCAUGUCUCUAACAUUCCCAAUUAUUGUAAAUAGUAUGUAUAUUUAUUAUUUUAAAUGCUACCUGUUAAUAUUUCACCUGCCUGUGUUAGAAAAGCUAUAGUGUAAGUCUUUGAUAUGUGUGAGAUAAGCUUUAUUCAGCUUUAAGUGUGAAAUGAUAAAUUCUGCAGGAAAAAAAAACUCCUUUUUUCAUACCUGCCAGUUUUGCAUUUGUGUUUUGUUAUUCAACAAAUAGUAAUGGAGCAUGUGUCUGUUUAACCAACUGUCCAAGCAGCAUUCACACUCAUUUUUAUACUUAAUGGGAGAGUGUGAAUUAAUACUGGAGACAUUUCAUCCUGAUCCACAGUGGAGUUUUAGUAAUUAUUUUUUGUUAAUUUCUUCACUGUUAUCUGGUAUAAAAGUAUAGAUAACAAGAUAUUGUUGAUUCUCAUUUAGUAAAAUGAAUUUUAAUAAUUGUACAGAUGUUUCAUCUUUAAUUGUAAAUAUUUUUAAUUGUGAAAUACCCUAAUUUUAAUAAUAAAAAGAAGUAUGUGCACUUGCCAUUUUCCAGAUUAGUGGUACUUGAAAGUAUUUUUAUAUUAGACCUCUAGACAAAAUCUCUCUUAACAGUGAGAUUCCCAAAUGAAUUAUCUCACCUCAGUCUGUCUCCUGAACCCCAGCUCUGUGUUAUCUGAUUUCCUGAAUACUUCAAUGUAUUAGUCAGCUCAGGCUGCCAUAAUAAAAUAUCAUAGACUGGGUGGUUUAAACAACGGAAAUUAUUUUCUGAGAAUUCUGAAGGCCAAAAGUUCAAGAUCAGGUUGCAGCAUGGUUGGAUUCUAGUGAGAGUUCUUCCUGGCUCACAGAUAGCUGCCUUCUCUCUGCGUCCUCUCAUCAGAGAUAGCAAGCUUUCUGGUGUUUUUUCUUAGAAGGGCACUGAUCCAUUCAUGAAGACCCCACCCUGACAACCUCAUUUAAACAUAAUUAUCUUCCCAAAACACCAUCUACAAAUAUCAUACAUUGGGGGUUAGUGCUUCAACAUACAUAUUUGUGGGGAAAGGGGUCCAAUUCAGCCCAUAGCGCUCUAGAAGCUUCAGAUCAACAUACCCAAAUCUUGGAUUUUUCUCUACAAAUUUGUCUCUACUUUUUUAUUCCAAACAAAACUCUCUCUUUAAUGACACCAAUACCCAACCAAUUACCCAAAACAGAAAAUCAUUUCUCACUUCAUCUCACGUAUACCCUUCUCAUAUAGAUUCAAUAUAUAAUCAAGUCCUACCUCUAGAAGCGUUUUGUCAUUCAUGGCUUUCUAUCCAUUCCCAUGGUUGCUGUCUUGCUUUGGAAGCUCAUGAGCUCAUGUAUGAAACAGUGCAAUAGCUUUCCAACGGACCUCUAUUCUACCAGUGCCCUACCUUUCAAUCUAUCCUCCACACAGCCUCCAAAAAGAUCUAACAUGUAAAUCAAAUCAUGUACUUCCGGCUUGAAAUUUUUUUAUAGCCCCUCACUAUCUUUAGUAUAAUUUUUAAACUUUCUUCCGGGAUAUAUAAGGUUCUUCUCAACCAUUUUUCACCUACCCUAUGAGUCAUACCUUUCCUCUCCCACCUCUCACUCUACACUCUCUGGCCAUAACAGUCUUCUUGCAAUUCCACAAAUUCACCACUUCCUUUGUGACUUUUCUUAUGCUAUUUAUUUUCCUGGAGUGGCUCCUGCUAUUUUCUACAUCCAAGAGUCUCCCUUUGCUUUCUGUCUUAAGACUCAUCACGAAAGUCACUUACUCUGUGAGGCCUUCCAUGAUUUCCUUUGGUGUUCUCCUCUGGGUUUCCAUAGCAACUUGUAUCUCUGUCAGUUAUAGGACUUACCAUAUUAUACUUUAUCUAUUUGAGAGGCGCUUACCUUUCCACAAGACCAUGAUCUCCUUAUUAUUUUGUUUAGCCUUUUUAAUCUCUGGUGCCUGGUAUUAUACCAGGUACAGAGUGGGCAUUUAGGAAACAUUUGCCGGAGUGCAAUGAAUAUAAUAAUUAUUCUCAUAUAACACAUUCCAUAUUUAUAUUUAAAUCAAUGUCCUUAGUCUAUAGGUAAAUACCUUCCAAAGUGAUCUAAAAGUUUCUUAAAAAAUAAAACACAAUACCUUAGGAAAAAUCAGGAAAUACAAAGUGUUAUUUCAAAUGCUGGGAGACAGUAUUACAUUGUUAAUUUCCAGUAUAUUUUUCCAGAUCCAUGAGAUUUAAUCCCAUAUGCAGUGCCCAGGUCAGGAGUAAAUCACAUGCCUACUCUCUAUUCUUCCCUCUCCACAGCAGGAAAUAGUGUUUCAAUUUCAAAUUUCCAACAUGCUGCCUCCAUCAUGGCCCUGCUCCUGACUAUGGCUACAACUCUAAUAAACAGAUUAUUCUAGGACCUCCUUGGACACAGCACAGCCACUGACCAUAAUUUUUAAACUUUAACCAACCUGCUGCCUCAGGUAGUUCUAGAGAGUACAGCCUCUUUAUGAAGAUACCAAGAAAUUGUAGGUUAGGAAGGAUGAAACGAACUGCCUGAUUGUAAAAUGGUAGAAAUCGCUGGUGAAGCUUACUCAGCCACAACUUCUAUUCCUUCAAAAUGAAGAUCUGGUACCCAGUCAAGGAUCUGGGGAUAUACUUUUGAGUGGAAGUGCUGCAAAGGUCUUGAGGAGGCUGAAGAAGAGGAAGAGAGACUGGUUUCUUACAAAGAGAGGAGGAGGGAGGAGUGGAGACACUACGGGGUUCAAGCUGCCAGAAGGAUGGCCCCAUCACAUAGCACAGCACUGAAAAGGAUAUCUGUAGCAAAAGUAUGUAUCACACUAACAGAUCGCUGCUGCCCUCAUUUCAUCUGUUGGAUCCCUGCUGCUCAUUUUCCUUGGGCUUUUCUCUCAACCAUGGACGCUGGAUAAAGAGAAGUAAAAAGGCAAGACAUAGUUCACCCAAGGUUGUAAGGUAAAGACAGACCUUCUGCUGCUUUUGGCUAGGAGACAGACAUGAGUCUGAGCCUUUCAAGAGUGGAUGUGAAGGUGGUUAGAAAGUUGGUAUUUUAAUGGUUACCAGAUGGCUUUGUGUUUCCAGGUUGAAAUGUGGUGAGAGUCCCAGUCUCAAUCAUUUAUUUAUUCACUCAACAAUUUUGAGACAUGGAAUGUAUAUGCUGCCCAAGACUAUGCCAGUAAAGGCCUUUUGGAUCAUAUAAUCUGCAUUAGAAUCUUGCCAUAGCCUCUCACUGGAAUAAACUGAGUCUUUCAAUACAAAAAGGUUGUAAAACUGUUCUGGAAUGCCAUGAUUGUUCUGAUCCUAGGAAUAUCUUAUAUUUACAAAUUCAAGUGUGUGGUGAAAGUAUGCAUGGUUAGAGAAAUUUUAGUCCAGAUAAAUGGAUAAACUCUUCAUAAUACUUUUUUGAUAAGAACAUUUAAAUUCUGCCCCCUUAAUUGUAUUGCU